CGUAACAACUUCGGGGAUUUCCGCUCAUGGAAGCAGCCAAUCAGAGCGGUCGAAGUCACCUCAGACAAAGGCAAACCUCCUCUCGUGUCUUCAUUCCACUUAUGGCUUCAAGACAGUUCAGGGUCUCUGGUCUGACACUAACAACUCUCACCGACAGUCCAACUCACCGUACGGACGGAUCAGUAGUGACAUUCCCGCCAGAAGAAAUCAAACUUCUCACCCGCCAUGAAAGAUACGGACUAUUUUAACGGAGCCUCCGCGGAGGAGCCAACACCCAAUCCCGGGAACACGGCCGUCCUGACCGGCUCUCAUGACCACUUUUCUUCUUCCAACCGGGACUUCGUAGAGUUUAUUGAAGAAUACAUCAAGGAGCAAAAAGAAUCGCAGAGGGGCCCCCUUCCUGGUCCACCUCCUCCUCCUCAGGACCUCCUCGGUCAGAGCCCCAGGAGCGUUCGGCAGAACGGCGGGUCUAAGGCUGUUCUGGUGGCGAGAGGUGCCACGUGCAAGCCCAACUUCCACCAGCUGCAGGUGACGGCGGAUCCUUCCAGAGAGAUGACAUCCCCUCGUCCUUCGCGGGUCAGCUGCGCCUCCGGACACAGUCGGGGGGGCUCGUCGUAUCCGAGCGCCGUCUCCUCCCAGGGCACGAGCAGCACCGACCUACUGGAGCAGAUCCUAGAGAAGCCCAGGCUGGUGGUGGUGGAGGAGCCCAAAGACCGAGGGAUGCGCUUCCGCUACGAGUGUGAGGGUCGCUCCGCCGGCAGCAUCCUGGGGGCGUCCAGCACCGAUAAUCACAAAACUCAGCCUGCCAUCGAGAUUCAAGGUCCUAUUGAUCAUUUAAAGAGGGUCACUGUCACUGUUUCCUUGGUGACCAAAGAUCUUCCACACCGGCCGCACCCCCACUGCCUUGUGGGUAAAGACUGCCCACUCGGAUCAGGGAUUUGUGUGGUUUCGUUCAAUCCUCACAACAACCGGUGUCACAGCUUCGCCAACCUCGGCAUCCAGUGCGUUAGGAGAAAAGAGCUGGAAGUUUCGCUUCAGAAGAGGCGAAGCCAGAACAUCGACCCGUUUCAAACCGGUCACUCCAAGGGCAUCGAGGACAUGGACAUGAACGUGGUGCGCCUGUGUUUCCAGUGCAGCCUGGAGUGGGACGAUGGCAGGAAAGACUCGCUCAGCCCGGUCGUUUCCAAACCCAUUUAUGACAAGAAGGCCACAACUACAUCAGAACUGAGGAUCUGCCAUCUGAACCAGUACAGAGGCUCCUGCAGAGGCAAGACAGAGAUCUACAUGCUGUGUGACAAAGUACAGAAAGACGACAUUGAGAUCAUCUUCCGGCACGGGUCGUGGAAGGCCAGCGGCGAGUUCGCACAGACGGACGUACACCGCCAAAUCGCCAUCGUCUUUAAGACUCCGCCCUACCAAGACCAAGACAUCAGCGGGGAGGUCGAAGUUCAAGUUUCGCUGCGCCGCGUCUCAGACCAGAUGGAGAGCGAGCCGGUCACCUUUGUGUACUUUCCCCACAACCAGGAUCCAUACGAGGUGAAGCGGAAGAGAGCCACAAUCAAGAGGGACAUCACUUUCUCUGAGAAACCGUGUGUAACAGCAGAGAGUGCAGCCGCACCGGAACAGGCCGCCUGCGCCCUCCUGGACAAUCAGAGCAUGCUGCUGCCGGAAGCACCGUGUGGGGUGGACAGCUCGUACACUGAGACCCAGAACUCUUCUAGCAUGUUCGAUGAAGCAGCAAUCCUUAGUCAGCUGCUCGAACUGCCCGAAAUAUCUCAAGCGCUGUCUGAUACGCAGUUCUUCUCGGCCAUAUCUUGUGGCUUCGACCCGGGGCUCGAAGCCAUCUCCGCCACCGUGGAUCUGAACUUCAACCAGAACUUUAGCACGUACCCGCAGGACUUUGCCCACUUCAGUGACAUGCAGUUCAACAUGCUGGUCAACGAGAGCCAGAGCUCUCAGGCGGAGGCGCAGGACGGCACGGUGCAGGUGAAGAUGGAGGAGGACCUAUGACGACGUCAGAUCAAUAUCAUACCAUUUCCCUACCUGUACUCCACCCCUGGGUUCUGGUGGUUUUCCCAAAGCCUUGCUGGUCAAGGCUGCAGCCACCAGGAGCAGCUUAACAUUCCUGAAGGUUUCCUAAUAAAUGCUGGAGGCAUUAAUCUUUAAUCCUGUGGUUAGCUUCAGUGUUGACGGCUGAAACUAACACAGAGAAAUCAUCUGCCAUGCUGUAAAUGAUUAAGCGCUGUAUUUGUGACUGAGGAAAAGAAGAUAUUGCUAUCAUAAAACACUUUGAUAAGCCUUUCUUAAUAUUUAAUCCACCUACGUAUCAUAGAAACUCCACAGUAGGUCCUGUGAGCUCUUUGUUCUGCGGUUUUACCCGUCUGCUGGUCACAUGCCUUCCCGCUGUCAUGUAAAUAUGUCAAAAGCAAACAAUAAAACUUUAAAGUGAA